AUGGCCCGCCUCGCCUUCGCCCUCGCCGCCACGUGCGCCUCGACGUCCGCCCUCGUGGCGCCGACCGCCGCCAAGGCCUCGAGCUCCCUGCACGUCGCGACGUCCUACGACCCCUCCGACUUCAGCGACGUCACGGCCUUGCCCGGGAUUCUCGCGCCCGUCGAGUUCUUCGACCCCCUGAACUUCGCGGCGGACGCCUCGGAGAGCGAGCUCAAACGCUACCGCGAGGCCGAGCUCACGCACGGCCGCGUGGCCAUGCUCGCGUCCGUCGGCUUCCUCGUCGGCGAGUCCGGCGCGACGCCCCUCUUCGGCGGCAACAUCGACGGCAUCGCCAUCAACCAGUUCUGGAAGGUGCCCACGGGCUUCUGGCCCGUGAUCCUCCUCUUCAUCGCCGUGCCGGAGACGUUCCGCGCGCUCCGCGGCUGGAUGGAGCCGACCGUGCCCGAGAACUACUUCCAGCUCCGCUCCGGCUACACGCCCGGCGACAUCGACUUCGACCCCCUCGGCCUCUGCCCCGCGGACGCCAUGGAGUUCAAGGAGAUGCAGACCAAGGAGCUCCAGCACGGCCGCCUCGCGAUGCUCGCGGCCGCGGGCAUGAUCGUCCAGGAGCUCCAGACGGGCAACACGCUCUUCUGA